CAAUACUAUAAAAGCGAGCCCCCAAAACUCGCCCUGCUACCGCAGCCGCCACACACGAACCCCGGGACGAAGCAGAUCGGCGGCGCGUCACUCCAGUCACCGGUGAGGAUAAAUGGCGACGGUUUCGGAUUCUCUGGUCUGGGAGCUGGUCAGGAAGAACAACUGCUUCCUGAUCAAGCAGUUCGGCAACAGCAACGCCAAGGUUCAGUUCAGCAAGGAGCCCAACAACCUCUACAAUGUCCACUCCUACAAGUACUCUGGCCUGGCAAACAAGAAGACUGUGACGGUGCAGCCUGCUGCUGAGAAGGAGAUGACUGUGGUCCUCUCCACAACCAAGUCAAAGAAGCAGAACAAGCCUGCGGCCUUCACCCACAAGACUGUCAUGCGCAAGGAGUUCCGCAAGAUGGCCAAGGCUGUCAAGAACCAGGUCAGUGACAACUACUACAGGCCUGACUUGACCAAGCCUGCUCUUGCAAGACUGAGCGCAGUUUACCGCAGCCUCCAGGUUGCCAAGUCUGGUGUCAAGAAGAAGAACAGGCAGUAAGCACUGAGGGGCUAGUGAGCUUAUUUUGUGGAUGCGUUGGUUUAUGUUUCCGACUUUUUAGAUUUGUUCUAAGAGUAUGGAGGUUGAAUAUGAUGAAUGGUGUGCUUGUAUACCGGCACAAGUAUUCUCACUAGGUUCUAUAUCUGUACCCAUGACUGUUGCGAAGCCUCUUAAUCAUUUCCACCACUUUUGGCUUUCCA